UCCUCGGCGGUUCCCACUUUGAGGAUGUGCCGACCAGAGAGGACCACGCCGCUCUAUAAAAGGGACCAGCGGACCCUCAGCCCCACACAUUCCAGCCGUAUUCAAACACGGGGGAACUUGCAACCAUGAAGUGCUUCAUCAUUCUGUCCGCUGCCAUGGCGCUGGCCGCCGCUCAUCCCAUUCUGCUGCAGCCCAACUACGCUGGCAACUACGGCUGGCUCGCGCCUUCCGUGGUCAGCAGCCAGUACCACGCACAGGACGAAUUGGGACAGUACAGCUAUGGCUAUGCCGGCGGCCCUUCCGCCAAACACGAGGUGAAGACCUGGGAUGGUGUCACCCGUGGCGGAUACUCUUACAUCGACGCCAACGGCCUCGUCCAGACCGUCAACUACAUUUCCGACCCCGUUCACGGCUUCAGGGUGGCCGCCACCAACUUGCCCCUUGGACCUGGACAAGCUCCCGCCCCUGUUGUAGACACUCCUGAGGUCGUGGCCGCCAGAGCUUCGCACUUGGCCGCUCACGCCGCUGCCAAGGUGGCCGCCCCUGUGGCCGUCCAGGCUGUCGUGGCCGCCCCAGUCGCUGCUCCCCUCCCGGUUGUCGAUACUCCUGAAGUUGCCGCCGCCAAGGCCGAGCACCUGGCCGUUCAUGCCGCUGCCAAGGUGGCCGUUCCCGUGGCCGCUCCUGCCCAGAUCGUUGCCGCCCCUGUGGCCGUUGCUCCCGCUCAGGUUGCCGUUGCCGCCCCUGCCAUCCGGUACGCUCCCUACGCCCCCGCCUUCAACGCCUACAACUGGGGUGCCCCUGUUGUCAGCAGCCAGUACCACGCUCAGGAUGAACUGGGACAGUACAGCUACGGUUACGCCGGCGGCCCCUCGGCCAAGCACGAGACCAAGACUUGGGAUGGAGUGACCCGUGGAGGAUAUUCCUACAUCGACGCCAACGGCCUUGUUCAGACCGUCAACUACAUCUCCGACUCCGUACAUGGCUUCAGAGUGGCCGCCACCAACCUGCCACUUGGACCUGGACACGCUCCCGCCCCUGUUGUGGACACUCCUGAGGUCAUUGCCGCCAGGAGCGCCCAUUUGGCCGCCCACGCCGAGGCCAGAGCUCGCGUCUGAUCUAAA